CAUAUAAGUAUACGCAUGCGCAUAUUGUAUUUUUGUGAUUGUAAUAACAUGACGCUAAAACACGUAGUUAUAGGUGGUGGUACAGGUUUUAUUGGGACACAGAUAGUAAAUUUGUUAUCUCAUAAAGGUAUUUCUUAUACAUGUAUUUCUCGUAUGCCUGGCCCUAAUCGAAUUUCAUGGCAUGAUUUGGAGUGUUAUGGUUUACCUGAAAAUACAACUGCUGUAAUUAAUGUUGCUGGUCAGAACAUACUUGAUCCAAAACAGCGAUGGUCAGAAGGAUUUAAACAAAAUGUUAUAAAUAGCCGAGUAGAGACAACAAAAUCUUUAGCCAAAGCUAUAACAUGUACAAAAGCUAAUGCUUUUGUAACAAUCUCUGGAGUGUCUUAUUAUAAACCAAAUAACAAAGAAUAUACUGAAGAAAGUAAAUGUGAAAAAUAUGAUUUCCUAUCAGAACUCUGUCAUGAAUGGGAGGCAGCUGCGCAACUUCCAAAAGAUAGUAAUAUCAGACAGACCACAAUUAGGUCAGGAGUUGUAUUAGGAAAAACUGGUGGUAUGAUUAAACAAAUAUAUUUGCCAUUUUUCUUUGGCUUGGGUGGUCCUAUUGCUAAUGGAAAUCAAUAUAUGCCAUGGAUACAUAUAUCAGAUUUAGUAAAUUUAUUUUUAUUUUCAAUUGAAAACAAAACUGUGCAUGGUAUAUUAAAUGGUGUUGCUCCCCAGAUUAUAACAAAUAAAGAAUUUACUAAUGCAUUUGCAUCUGUGAUACGAAGGCCUGCAUGUAUUCCUGUGCCACGCAUUUUUUUGAAUAGCAUUUUCAGUAAAGAACGUGCGAAAAUUAUGCUAGAGGGACAGAAAGUUAUUCCUAAACGUGUCAAAGAAUUAGGAUUUCAAUACCAAUAUGUUGAUAUUAAUUGUGCUUGUGCUGAAGUAAUUGGCAAAAAUAAAUAAUUAUAAAUUAAGAUUAAAGAAUUAACUGAAAUAAUGUAUAUAUAUUUUAAAAUUAA